AUGGCAAACAAUCAAUUCAUCAUCACCAUCUCCAUCCUAGCCCUCCUAGCAGCAACCACCGCCGCCCAUGAGGUAACACCCCUCAAACAAGACAAAACCGCCACCGUUGUGGUGGAAGGAAAGGUCUACUGCCAGAGCUGUAAAUACUUCGGGUCAUGGUCUCUCACCGGAGCUGAGCCAAUUCCGGCAGCCAAAGUCAGUGUGAUUUGCAAAAACCAUAAAAAAAGAGUGAGUUAUUACAACACGUUUGUGACAAAUGAAGAAGGGUAUUUCUACGCAGAGCUUAAAGAUUUCAAAAUGACACAUUAUUUGUUGGAUCAUCCUCUUCAUGCUUGCCAUGUGAAGCUUGUGUCAUCUCCUCUUGCAACAUGCAAUCUUUUGUCGAAUGUUAAUAAUGGCAUCAAUGGGUCGCCUUUGAAAUUUGAGAACAAGGUGUUACAUGGGAAGGAUUAUGAAGCUGUUGUUUAUGGCUCUGGACCCUUGGCUUUUCGUCCUUCUAAUUGCGACCCUGAAACUGAAACCUAA